AUGGCGUCCACUGCUCCGGCCAGCGCCGCUCGCGGGCGACGCAACGCCAAGGCUGACGGUUUUCAGUGGGACAACCCCGGCGAAGAGCCAGUCUCUCCAAGCUCCCCCUCUCGCCGCCCUGCGUUUCUCCGCCUUUCCACCACCUCGACGAUCCUCCUUCUCUCCGCGGUCUUCGUCGCCGCUCUCCUUUUCACCGGCUUCCGCAAUUUCCGCGUCGAGGCUCCCGCACCGCGUUCCAGCGCGUCGCUAGGCUCCUUAGACGGCGAUUACGGGACCGGCGACGAUGACGGUUACGGCACAACAACCAAUGCGGCAGGUUCCACGUGGCCGACUGGCAGCAAAUCGUCAAAACUGACGACCACCGGAACGGGUUUGUCAGGAUCGUUCGGGUCGACUGGCUUGACGGAAAACGCUGGAAAGAAGACGUCCUGGGACGAAAUGUCGGAGGAUGAGGAUGACCUAGGAACUACUUCAGGCUCUAGCUGGCCGAGCAAGACUAGCUCCGCAAUCGGCGGCGGGUUUGGCGGCGGACUCGGCGCUUCGUCGAGCUGGAAGAAGGGGGUCGCCGGCAGGGGAAGCACCGGGAGCUCGUGGGGUGGCGGCGGCGCGGAUACGAUGGAUGAUGACGUGGACGCGUUCUCGAGCAGCGUGAAAAGCGCGGGAAGGUUUGGCGGCGGCGCGAUGGGCGAUUCGGGUAUGGGAGACGAUGACGAUGACGAUGGGGGAGGUUUGUAUCCCAAGGAGAAAGGCAGGGCGAGAGCAGGAGACCGGGAGACUGGGAGGGGUAUGGAGCUUGAAGGGUAUUCUAAGAGCACUGCUGCGGGGUUUGCGAAAGGCGCGGCGGGAUAUGGAAAAGGGACGACAGGAGAUUCGGACUGGGAAGAAGACGAGGACAGGACGUUCGGUCCCCUGGGAAAAUGGGGACGGAAGAAGAAGAGCCGACGGAGCAAGGCAGCUGACGAAGAGGAGGACGUUGACGGGGUAAGCGAAGACGAUGACAGGGGUAGCAGCAGCAGCAGAUAUGGCAGCUCUGGUGGGUCGGGUUACUCGAAGAAGCGUUCUCGGGGAGCGGGAGGCUAUGGGGACGCGGAUACCGCUUCGUCGUACAGGCAGGGCGCGGACCGCUUGGGCGGAGGCCGCGGAGGGCGCGGGGGGCGCGGGUUUGAUAAGGGCGGAGAUGACCCGCUGGACCAGGCAUGGGAUGAUCUGGGAGGCGGAAGGGCGACGAGGGGAGGGCGCGGGUUCGGCAGGGGAGAAGAUGACGCGGAGGCGGAGAUGGGGGGAGGCGGAGGCGUGGGCGCGCGGCAGCAACGGCAGGCGGGCGGACGAGGGGCGUUCAGCGGAAGAGCAGGACAGAGGGGUGCUGACGUGGAUGAUUACGGCGACGGCGGGCGGACUACAAGUGGCAAGUGGGCGCGAGGGGGCAGCGCGGGCAGUGACGCGGAGGACACGUGGCAAAGCGGAGGCAGGGGCAGCGGAAGGGGAGGAUGGGGUGGGGGAGCGGCGCAGCAGCAGCCGCAGCAGCGGGGCAUGGGGUGGGGAGGGGCGGACGCGGGGAGCAGCAGACUAGGAGGGUACGGAAAAGGGGGCGGUGGGGGCGUGGGAGGGAUGGGCAGGAUGGGAGCGGGAGCUGGGGGGGGGAGAGGAGCGGGUGGGAUGACUGGGGUUAAUGAUGAUGAUGAGGAUGCUUAUGGCGCAGCAGCAGGGGGAGCAGCAGGGGGAGGCAGGACAUUCGGGGGAGGUGUGGGGGAAGGUGCAGCCGCCUUUGGGGGAGGAGGCCGGAGCAGUGCUGGUGGCUUUGCGAGGGGGAGUCAGGGGGGUGCGACUGGGGGAAGGGGAGGUGCGGGGAGGGGUAUGGGGGGCGGGCUUGGAGGGGGGUUGGGACAAGGGGCGGAAUUAGACGGUGAGGACGACUUGGGUAUGGCUGGUGGUGGUGCUGCUGGUGGUGGUGCAGGAAGCACUAGAAUGGGUAACAUGGGCGGAAUGGGCGGAAUGGGCGCAGGGGGUCUCCCUACAAGGGGGAGGAGCAGGCUAGGGGCCUCGAGCGCUGGUUUCGGUUCAGGCAUGGGUGCUGGGAUGGUGGGAGGGGCUGAAACGGAUGAGGAUUACGGACAGAGUGGCGGAGGUGGGUUGGGGGGAGUGGGAAUGGGAGGCGUAGGAACAGCAGGGGCAGCAGGAGCAGCCAGAGGGGCGUUCCGGGGUGCUGCAGGGGCAGCAGCGGCUGGGAGAAUGGGCGGUGGGGGGAUGGGCGCAGGUGGGAUGGGCGCAGGGGGGAUGGGCGCAGGGGGGAUGGGCGCAGGGGGGCUGACUGGGGAAGAUGAGAUGGGUGGGGCAGGUGAGGAGGCGGGGAUGGCAGGCGCAGGUGUUGCUGGGAGGAGCGGGGUGAGGAGUGGGAUGGCUGGUGGAAUGGGUGGUGGAGUGGGCGGUGAUAUGGCUGGUGGCAUGGCUGGUGGAAUGGUCGGUGGUAUGGCUGGCCGUUUGGGAGGCAGGACGGGAAGCCUCUGGCAGCAGCAGAAGACGCAGGUGCAGCAGAGGGGGCAGGCAGGUGGAGUGGGAGUAGGAGGGAUGUUUGGAGCGAGAGCAGACCCGUACGGGGAGGAGCAGGGGGAAGGCACAGGCGGAAAUGCAGCAGGAGGCGCCUCAGCAGGAGGGAACGCUUCAGGCAUGGACGGUGGGGAUGGCAUGGAUGAUAUGGCCGGUGCAGAGAGUGAGGGGCUGGGGGAGGAGGUGGAUGAGGAUGGAGGAGUGGGGUCUGGCAAGGCAGUGGUAGGAUCCAAGACAGGGAAGGGCGAAGGCGGAGACGGCUCCUCUUCUUCUUCUUCUUCCUCUGGUGGUGGUGGUUUGUUUGGCUUUGUCUCUCGCAUGUUUGGUGGUGGUGGGAGCAGUAAAGGGGCGGAAAAGGCGGCAGGGGAAGGGGCAGGGGAAGGAGGGGAGGCGGAGGGGUUUGAAGCGGGGAAGAGCACGGCAGAGUCUGCAGUGGAAGAUGCGCUGAGAAGCACUGAGGAGGAGGGGGGAACUGGGGGAGGCUUAUCCAGGAGCAGGUUCGGCAGCAGCAGCAGUGGGGGAGUGGGUGGGGAGGAUGACUAUGGUUCAUCUUCUGCUACUGCCGCUGGCGAUGGUGGUGCUGGUGAUGGUGAUGGUGAUGGUGCUGAUGUUGAUGCUGGUGAUGGUGAUGAUGCUGAUGCAGACGCCGAUGUUGCAGUUUCGACAGCGAAAGGUUUCAACAAGUCCCGGUUUGGCCGGGGUGCUGCUGGUGCUGCUGCUGCUGCUGCUGCUGCUGGUUCUGCUGCUGGUUCUGGUGCUGCUGGUAUGGGAGGAGUGGGUGGGGAUGAUGAUGAUUCGGAAUCUGCUACUACGCUUGGUGGUGUUGCAACUGGAGCUAGCAGUGGUGGUGCCUCAGAGUCAUCUGACGCUUCUGACAUGGACGAAUCUGAUUCGUCAGCUGCGACUUCUGGGUUUGGUGCUGCUGGUGGCUUUGGAGGGUCAAGGGCAGGGAAGGUUGGGCGGCUGAGUGGGAGAUUUGGUGGGAGGUUGGGUGGUGCGGAUGGUAUGACAGGAAAAGCUGGUAGGCUGAGUGCGCGAGGAGCAGGAGCGAAGACAAGUGCGUUUGGCUUUGGCGCAUCGGGAUUGGAGGGAUCUGAAUCGGUUGCUGGGGGGGUUGGUGGUGGUGUUGAUGGGGGAUUGGGAGGGGAGAGUGGUGACCAGGAUGGGACUGGAGAAGGGAUGACUACCAUCCGGGCUACUAAGAAUUCGUUUUUGGGUAAAAGGCGGGUGAAUGCUGGUGGUGUUAGUACGAGUUUGGGGGCAACCCAGGGUGUGGGGCUUGGAGGAGCGAGUCGGGUUGGCCGGGCAAGAAAGACGAGAAUGGGAGGGAUGGCAUCACUAGGAAGAGCACCGGUGAAGGCUCCACAAGAUGAUGAUGAUGAGCUGUCGCUUUGA